AUGACAGGGACCAUCGCGUGUCCGGAAGAUCCCCUCAAACCUGGCUUCUACCUAAAUAAGGCGAAAUGCAAAUGGGGCAUCAAUGCUGCCGAUAACUUGGCAAGAAUCGUUCUCACCUUCCUUGAGUUCGACAUAGAUGCGUCGAAUCGACCCGCAAUAUGUUCAAGGAAUGAUUUAGUUCGUGUUGGAGAACUUGAUGAUCUAGGCAAUAGAGUCGGACAGCAACAAGUGUUCUGCGACACGGUCACCAGCAGACCAUUUGAAGCCGUUACCAGCGGAUCCUACAAAAGUCUGAUUAUUGAAUUCAUCAGUAACGGUGAUAGCUUUGUUGCCACAGGAUUCAAUGCUUCUUACCAAACUGACUGGAGUUGUAGAAAUCUUGAUAAAUCCAACAAAUGUAAUAAUGGCGUUUGCAAGCUUCUCCCUAACCUGCAUACCGAGUGCCAAUGUGAUGCGGAAUACUCAGGGGAACUCUGUGAUGUAAAACUGCACUGCUUCAGCGGUCCUUGCGCGCACGGAACCUGUCAGGAAGCAACUGGAACGUACAUCUGUCUUUGCUAUCCUGGGUACUCUGGAAAUGAUUGUGAGAAGGAGACAAACGAGUGUCUUCCAAACCCUUGUCUAAAUGGAGGAUCAUGCACUGACAAUAAUAGCAGUUAUACAUGUUCAUGUCCGACUGGAUUCGAUGGCGUGCACUGUGAGACAGAUCUUGACGAAUGCGUGUCGAACCCUUGUAACAAUGCAGGAACCUGUCACGACAGUGUGAAUGGUUACAGUUGCUCCUGUUUACCUGGCUUCAACGGAACACAUUGCGAGUUGGACAUCAAUGAAUGUGAUUCGAACCCUUGUCAGAAAGGAGGAACCUGUCACGACCGUGUGAAUGGUUACAGAUGCUCCUGUUUACCUGGCUUCAAUGGAACACAUUGCGAGUUGGACAUCAAUGAAUGUGAUUCGAACCCUUGUCAGAAUGGAGGAACCUGUCACGACCGUGUGAAUGGUUACAGAUGCUCCUGUUUACCUGGCUUCAAUGGAACACAUUGCGAGUUGGACAUCAAUGAAUGUGAUUCGAACCCUUGUCAGAAUGGAGGAACCUGUCACGACGGUGUGAACAGUCACUCUUGCUCCUGUUUACCUGGCUUCAGUGGGACUACAUGUUCUACUGAUAUUGAUGGCUGUGUCUCCUCUCCUUGCGUGAAUGGAGGAACAUGUCAGGAUGGUGUCAAUAGCUACACUUGCACCUGUUCACCCGGAUUCAGUGGGACUACGUGCUCCACUGAUAUUGAUGACUGUGUCUCCUCUCCUUGCAUGAAUGGAGGAACAUGUCAGGAUGGUGUCAACAGCUACACUUGCACCUGUUCACCCGGAUUCAGUGGGACGACGUGCUCCACUGAUAUUGAUGACUGUGCCUCCUCCCCUUGCGUGAAUGGAGGAACAUGUCAGGAUGGUGUCAACAGCUACACUUGCACCUGUUCACCCGGAUUCAGUGGGACUACGUGCUCCACUGAUAUUGAUGACUGUGCCUCCUCCCCUUGCGUGAAUGGAGGAACAUGUCAGGAUGGUGUCAACAGCUACACUUGCACCUGUUCACCCGGAUUCAGUGGGACUACGUGCUCCACUGAUAUUGAUGACUGUGCCUCCUCCCCUUGCGUGAAUGGAGGAACAUGUCAGGAUGGUGUCAACAGCUACACUUGCACCUGUUCACCCGGACUCAGUGGGACUACGUGCUCCACUGAUAUUGAUGACUGUGUCUCUUCUCCUUGCGUGAAUGGAGGAACAUGUCAGGAUGGUGUCAAUAGCUACACUUGCACCUGUUCACCCGGGUUCAGUGGGACUACGUGCUCCACUGAUAUUGAUGACUGUGUCUCCUCUCCUUGCCUGAAUGGAGGAACAUGUCAGGAUGGUGUCAACAGCUACACUUGCACCUGUUCACCCGGAUUCAGUGGGACUACGUGCUCCACUGAUAUUGAUGACUGUGCCUCCUCCCCUUGCGUGAAUGGAGGAACAUGUCAGGAUGGUGUCAACAGCUACACUUGCACCUGUUCACCCGGACUCAGUGGGACUAUGUGCUCCACUGAUAUUGAUGACUGUGUCUCUUCUCCUUGCGUGAAUGGAGGAACAUGUCAGGAUGGUGUCAACAGCUACACUUGCACCUGUUCACCCGGAUUCAGUGGGACUACGUGCUCCACUGAUAUUGAUGACUGUGCCUCCUCUCCUUGCGUGAAUGGAGGAACAUGUCAGGAUGGUGUCAACAGCUACACUUGCACCUGUUCACCUGGAUUCAGUGGGACUACGUGCUCCACUGAUAUUGAUGACUGUGUUUCCUCUCCUUGCAUGAAUGGAGGAACAUGUCAGGAUGGUGUCAACAGCUACACUUGCACCUGUUCACCCGGAUUCAGUGGGACGAUGUGCUCCACUGAUAUUGAUGACUGUGCCUCCUCCCCUUGCGUGAAUGGAGGAACAUGUCAGGAUGGUGUCAACAGCUACACUUGCACCUGUUCACCUGGAUUCAGUGGGACUACGUGCUCCACUGAUAUUGAUGACUGUGUUUCCUCUCCUUGCAUGAAUGGAGGAACAUGUCAGGAUGGUGUCAACAGCUACACUUGCACCUGUUCACCCGGAUUCAGUGGGACUACGUGCUCCACUGAUAUUGAUGACUGUGCCUCCUCUCCUUGCGUGAAUGGAGGAACAUGUCAGGAUGGUGUCAACAGCUACACUUGCACCUGUUCACCUGGAUUCAGUGGGACUACGUGCUCCACUGAUAUUGAUGACUGUGUUUCCUCUCCUUGCAUGAAUGGAGGAACAUGUCAGGAUGGUGUCAACAGCUACACUUGCACCUGUUCACCCGGAUUCAGUGGGACUACGUGCUCCACUGAUAUUGAUGACUGUGCCUCCUCUCCUUGCGUGAAUGGAGGAACAUGUCAUGACGGUGUGAACAGCUACACUUGCACCUGUUCACCCGGAUUCAGUGGGACUACGUGCUCCACUGAUAUCGAUGAUUGUGCCUCAUCACCUUGCACGAUUGGGGGGACUUGUCAGGAUGGUGUUAACUCUCAUACAUGCUUGUGUUUGCCUGGAUAUAAGGGGGUCGUGUGUGAAACAGAUGUGGAUGAAUGUAUUUCUAAUCCGUGCAAGAAUAGCGGCUCUUGCCAAGAUGGCGUCAACACCUUUACAUGUGCUUGUCCAGAGGGAGUUUACGGUGUCGAUUGCGGAAUUAUUAAAUCUGUCCCGACAACAGCGAUCAUACCUGAAACAGAUCGCCAAUCUGUAACGGAUCUUUACAUCCCGAUAGGGGCGUCCACCGCAGGUUUCCUCCUGCUGAUUGUGGUGCUGGUUGUUGUUGUCGUGCGCUAUCGCCGUUCCCGCCCCGCUCACAUUCCAUGGGAGAACUUGGGGAGGAACUCGUUCUAUGAUUCUAAAGGGUUGCAGGAGUCUCGAGGAUCGCUAGGAUCUAGUGGCUCUAGUGCGAGAGGGAGCCAGCAAUAUGAUACUGGAUACAGAAACCCAUUAUACGGCCAUCCGCACGACAACUUCCAGACAGUGACUCCGGACCAGCUGAUAUAUGCUGAGGACAACUCGUACGUGUACGACUUCGGAAAUUCUCAUCUGGCAUUCGAGAACCCGCAGUAUAACUAUCGUCGCGACGCAAAUCGGGGUGCUCAUCUAAGAGAUCCGUAUGAAGGCCCGAUGCACCAACAAAGGAAUAUGCCUUUACACCAAGGACGCGAGUCUUCUCGAGAAGCGGACCCACGAGGUGAUGUAGAAGUGUACCAACAUCGUCCGAGUUCUGGUCAUAACGCUGAAAAUGACUGGCAAGAGAUGUUCAGGCGUGGUCAGGUUUUCUGA